AUGGAGGCGGGCGCGUCGUCGGGGACAGGGAGCUUUCCGGCCGAAGACGGUGAGAUUUGGGUGCCCGUGCUGUCCGAUCCUCUGGAUGGGGGCUCGAAUUCGCCGACCCAGGCGGAGAUUGAAGUCUAUUCAGCAUAUCUGGAUUAUGACGCCAUGGACUUCCAAGCAGUCUUAGAAGGACCCCAAGAUGAACACGAUAUUGAAAAAUUGUUUGGAGGUGCAAUGUUUACUUCUUGCGGUGCACGCAGUGCUACUUAUAUAAAGGAGGCGAAUUUAACUCAUGAGAUUGAAUGUGAAUUUUAUUCACCAACUAGUGAUCAUGGCAUGAUACAAACACUUGCGCCUGCCACGGCGCUUCCUGAGAAAGAGGAGGCCCCUGUCACCAUGGCCCUCGGUGGAGGAGGAGAGGAGGACAAGAACAGAAAGGGAGGAGGGAAAGGGCACCCGCUGCCUUGUCAACGGAGAAGCAUGAGGCUUGCGCUCGCCGCCACGCCGCUGGAGGAGGGGGCUUGUGCUACCUUCAUAGUAGACCUGCUAGAUUACAUGCCGAAAAGUGGUUGGAGGCACCGAAGUCGCCUGAGAAGUGCACGCAAGAGAGGAAUAUGGUCAUUAAACACGGAACAAACUUUCCUUCUGCCUAACCAUUUAGGGAAUGCGACAUGCUUUCAGGACAUGAGCUCUAUAUGUAAAGGCAAAAAAUGUGGGCACAGAAAAAACAAUGACCACUGGACAUACGAAGAGAUGAAAAAACUAGUGGAUGCUCUGUAUAUAUCUGGGGUUGGAAAUUGGACGAAGUUGAAACAUGAGAACUUUUCAACAUCAGUUCGAACAGCAAUGAAUCUUAAGGAUAAAUGGAGAAAUCUUAAGAAAGCCUACACGGGAAAUGCUAAAAAAAGGAUCUUGCCGACUCUAGACAAGGAUUGUGUCGAAAAGAUCCAGAAGCUAGCCUCCAAAAUGAAGCUGCACUUGUGA